AUGUCAGAUUCUGAGGGAAAGCAGGGUGACACAGCGCAAUGCGGGAAGGAAGAUGAUGCGUGGCAGAAAUGCUUGUGUGUGCUACGAGAAGCAUUGGGCGGAAGGGCGUUGCCCUAUCGAACUGUUUGGGUGAAUGCAUUCAAACGUGCACGCGUACCAACUGUUGACCUGCCGAGAAGCAGGCGCCCAGCGUCCGCUCACUCAGAACUGCAAGUGGCUGCUAUCGAACACUGUUUGGCAGAUGAAAGGCGUUGGGCUAUGGCGGAAUUAAUCACAUACACUGGAUCUAUCAGAAGAUCUGGAAUGCCCGACAUUGCAAAGAACGCAGAUCCUCCUAUUUCUACACCGUCGAUAAAGUCUUGA